UAUCAAGACAGCCCCCAAAUUUAGCUCCCCUCGAUCAACAAACCUUCAAUCCAACCCUCUCUCUCUAAAUUACAAUAUUUUUAACCUAACCCUAUUUAACCCUAGCUUUCUCUAUCUCUCCUUCAAUUCUUAUUUCUCAUCUGUGCCUCUCUCCCUCGCUGUAUUCGAUAUGGCUUCAAAAAUCCUUGCAAACUUGAUUGUAAUGGGCUCUGGGAUAUUAGCCAGAGCUUUAGUUCAGGCAUACCGUCAAGCACUUGCAAAUGCCUCAAAAUCCGGUGUUGCUCAAGAAACGAUACAGAACACUGUCCGCCGAGGAAGCAAAGCCAUGAUGGAGCAAGAGGCAAGGCAGAUUCUUGGUGUGACUGAGCAGUCCACUUGGGAGGAGAUUUUGCAGAAGUAUGAUACUUUGUUUGAAAGGAAUGCCAAGAAUGGGAGUUUUUACCUUCAGUCAAAAGUUCACAGGGCUAAAGAAUGUUUAGAAGCCGUGCAUCAAGGCAACAGUCAGGGUACCCCUAGUUGAGAAUCCUAUGGACUUACUCUGUUUCCAUACCCAUGAUGACGGCCAGGAAUAUGAAAAUUGUGUCAAAAGGAGCAUAGUUCUGCUCUUAGUCUCUUCUUGGAGCUAUAAUGUUUGUCAAGUUCUCGUCACUUGUGGUAAAUAAAUAUAUAGCAAUUCUGAAACAAAGGAUGGCCUAACUGUUAGGGUUUUGAUUUCUACAGAUUGAUUUGUAAAGUUAGUAAACAAAUGGUCAGCUUGGGACUAUGAAAGCUGCUUUUGCUGGUAAGCUCUUGAAUGCAUUGGAUCAUUGGAGUUGCAA